CAGUUGGGACUCUUCCCUGACAGUGCUGCGCUCAUCCCGGAAUACAUUGGCUGGACUCACUCUGAGAUGCAAUCUGUGCAGCGGCUCUUUGAGGUUGCAGGCAACAAGUCUGCUGAUCAAGUCGGAAUCCUCUUCACAUCUCGAACGCACCCAGAACUGGCACCUGCGAAAAAACUCUGGAAGGAUGCUUGGAAGAAAAUCUGGAAACGGCUAGAUGGUUAUAACCUCAUCGUUCAGCUUCUACAUCGGAAUGCCUGCCACCCUCACCAAAUAAUGACGCGGGAGGGUCAGGUCAAGUUCCCAUCGAAACCUGUCAGCCUUGGCAACCUGCACCAGGACAUUGCAAACGAAGUUUUCGGCCCUGAAAUUUCUACAAUCGACAGGAACGAUGGCGAAAUGAUGAUCUCCAUGGAUGUGAUGGAUGUAAUCGACAAAAUGGUUAGUAUCGUCUGGCACAAUCUCCAGGUCCAGACGUCCCGCACUCAAAAGGAAGCUGGAGAAUUGCAUGUGGAAAUUCUUCGCAAGUAUGAUGAAAUUCGAGCAUGCCUGGAUGGUAAUACGCCAGACAAACUCAAUAUGCCGAAGAUUCGUAGUUUCAUUCGUUCAUACUUGACAUGGCGGGAGAAGGCCAGACUAUUCAUCGACAAACAUCGGAGAAAGGAAAUCACGGAGAUGGAGACCUACAUGGAAUGGCUUCUGCAUCACAUGCGUGUCGAGGGUGCAGAGAACAAGCUUGUGGGGAACAAGAUGGUGGUUGCAGUUACUGCAACCACCUUGUAUGUCCUGCAGAAUCUUGCCAAUGACGAGCAACGUAUGGAUCUCGAGCGCUACCUUGUCGAGCUGUGGGAUCAGGAUGUGUACAGCUUGGGACCCGAAGACCUCAGAGAGGUGCAACUGACCAAUUGCCUUCCCUCUGGUGGUCAACAAUCAUGGGGCAUCGAAGACCUGGGCAUCGAAGCUGCAAGAGGCUUUUCAUUGGAGCAGCUCAAGGAAAAGCUUGGCCUCAAUCUUGGCCACAUACAAUCUCGGCAGCUUGGUUUCCUGAACACGGAAUACGAUGUUUCGCAAAUCUACUCUCCCUGGGAUCGUGAAACCUGGAAGGACUAUCGCCAGAGUGGAAACAUCCAGCCUCUCCAUCUUCAGGAGCAGCAAUUAGAUGGGCUCCACAGCAUAUACUCCAUGCUUUUCCGGCCCCGACCCUCCCCAAAAACGGGCAUCCUCAUUGCUGACACUAUGGGCAUUGGGAAGACUGCGCAAGCACUCGGAUUCAUUUCCAUGGUUAUGUCGCGAAUCGCAGCACAGAAACAUCACAACAUGAAUCUCCCUGAUGGAUCGAUCUAUGCUGAGUGCCCCUUCCCAGUUGGGUCAAAGGAUUCCAACGUACACUGUGGUCCACAUGUGGUAAUCUCUUCGGUGUCCCUGAUGGAGAACUGGAUGCGGGAGAUUCGAACCUGGUUUGCACCUCAAACUGUGGAUGUGUUUCUGUACUCGUCCAAGUCAGCCAAUGGAUUCUGGGCAGGCAAUGGCCCCUGGAACGCCUCACAGUUGCCACUGGAACAACGGAUUGUUGUGGUUUCUGAUUCACUGUACAAGAAAGAAUUUUUGCGUUUUUUCAACAAGCCCUCAUCCCCUUCCCGUCCUGGAAUGAAGAGCCAACCGGUAUGGGAAUGUCCACGCCGCCGCAAUCCAAAUCAGUCCACAGAUGGGAGCAUAUUCUGUCUCAGGCCCUGCACCUUCAUCGCGGAUGAGGUGCAUGUGUUUCGCAAAAAUCCGGCAGAGUUGAUACCCAUGCGUGAACGCUCACAAUUUGUCAUCGGGAUGUCUGGCACACCGCUCAUCACAGAGCCCCAGGAUUUGUUGAACCUUGGACUUUUACUCGGUAUCCCCACCUUCAUGGACCUUGCCGUCACCUCCAAACAGUGGGACACUCAGAGGAGCGUUGCAUCUAUGCAAAGAGCUUUAAGCAAGAGGUGCAAGGCAGACUUGGAGAAGGCGAUGGAAACGGGAGAUUUCAGCACCAUCAACUCCGAUGACGCUGCCAUUGGUUACCGUGCCCUAAUCCAUGAGUCCAUCAUAGACUUCAAGAAGCACUUCGAAGGGGUGAUUCUGCGUCGUUGUCUGGAGUCCAAGCGUCGCGAUGGGACUCUUCUUGUUGCAUUGCCACCUCUCGUCCAGAUCCAGGUGUGGGUGAAGUUGGGUUCAGCACAUGAGAAUGCGCUGUCAGGCAUAACGAAGGCAGCAGUGGACAAUGGCACCAUGGGACCAAAAGAAUAUGGCCACCAAUUUUUGGGUCCCUGGAAGACUACGAACAGAACGGUGGGUUGGAGCACUGUGCCAAGUGGGAAACUGCACUGCAGAUCAUCAAGCACGACUGCCUUCGUGAUGACAUCCCCCCCUGCACCGUGAACGAGGCUGGGGAGAUCCAGAUUCCUGCACUUUCUCCUGGUGCAACUGUGAAGCCUACCCAGAAUCGGAAGAUCGCCGUGUUUAUGGAGUUCAAAUCCAAUGCCCCAGCCUUUGCCUCCGCCAUCCAUGUCAAACUCAACAUCGGUGCCCUCGUUCUGGAUGGGGACAAGGAUGCAUCGGUCCGGUUGCCUAUCAUCGACAAGUGGAAGCGUGGCGAGGUCGUGAAUGGGCUGCACAUUAGGGUCCUGAUCUUUACCAACGUUCUGAAGGCUGGUGUGAAUCUGAGCGCUGCUGAUCGAUUGA